CUCGACGAUGUCGGCUCACGACGUGGCAAAAGAUGCACCACCGUCCGGAAACGACUGAAAUCGCAGCGUUGGUUGGUAUUGACAGAGCAGAGUCGGCAUUGAGGCACAUCCAUCUACAAUGAGCGACGACGCCCCCGUCCAGCUCCUCCCCCUCGGGGCCAUCAUCCAGUCCUUCAAGGUCAACGGCGUCGACAUCGUGCAGGGCUUCCCCACGCAGGAGCAGUACGCGCGGCACAACACGCCCUACUUUGGCGAGACCAUCGGGCGCGUCGCCAACCGCAUCCGCGGCGCGCGCAUCGACGACCUCGACGGCCGCCCGCGCGCCCUCGCCGCCAACAACGGCCCCAACUGCCUGCACGGCGGCGUCGUCGGCUGGGGCAAGCGCGUGUGGGACGGCCCCGUGCCCGUCGGCGUGCGGCGCGUCCCCGGCGUCGAGGGCGUCGAGGGCGGCGAGACCGUCGUCUUUUCGCUGCGGAGCGACGACGGCGACGAGGGCUUCCCCGGCGAUGUGGAGGCGACCGUGACGUACACGGCGGGCACGCAGGUGGUGGAGGGCAAGACGGCUACGGUGCUGGGCAUCGAGUACGAGGCCCGCCUUGUUGGCGGCGCUGAGGAGACCGUCGUCAACAUGACCAACCACUCCUACUUUAACCUCUCAGGCACCGGCGGCGAGGGCGCGGCGACCAUUGACGGCACCGUCGUCACGCUCGGCGCGCGCGACCACCUCCCCGUCGACGCCACCUCCAUCCCCACCGGCGCGCCCGUCCCGUACCCGUCCGUCGACACCACCGCGCCGUUUGCCCUCGGCGCCACGGAGCCCCGGUUCGACUACUGCUUCGCCCUGCCGGGGACCGACCCGGCGGCCGUGCCCAUCGACACGCGCGCCCGCCCCCUCGCCCUCAACCUCGCGGCGCACCACCCCGGGACGGGCAUCCACCUCGAGGUCCUCAGCACCGAGCCCUCGUUCCAGUUCUACACGGGCGACUUCACCGACGUGCCGGCCGUCGACGGCGCGCCCGCCCGCGGCCCGCGGAGCGCCUUUUGCUGCGAGCCGGGCCGCUUCGUCAACGCCGUCAACGUGCCCGAGUGGCGCGGCAUGACGGUGCUGAAGAAGGGCGAGACGUACGGCGCCAGGAUCGUGUACCGGGCGUGGGUGGAGUGACCGCUGGAUGACUGUCGUGCGGUCAGGAAAAUAGGAUAGGAUCAUUUCGAAUGCAGAUGCAGCAUGCAGUAUGCGGCAUGCGGCGCGCAUCGACAUUUCGCCGCGAGGCUCGCCGGCCGGGUGGGUAGAGGUCAUAUGCAGCACAUGUCGAGACUGUAUUAAGCUGCAGCUUCACCGACUCCAACUUCCAUGGUGCCCCGUCCAACGCCUCGCCAGAUAUCGCCAGCAUCCGUACACCGUGCAUUGACGGCACCUCGACGCCCACCCGCGUCCGUCGCAUUAGCCGGAGUCGCUGCCAUUGCCCAAAACGCCAGG